AUGGAGAGUGGAGCAGGGAAGCAUUGGACUGAGGAGGAGGUUAAAGCCUUGUUAAGCGUCUGGUCAGAAAAAAACAUCAGAAAGCAACUCCACGGCACCCUGAGGAAUAAAGGGAUAUUUAUCUACAUUGCUAAGCGAUUGCAGGAGUUAGGAGUUUGCAGGGAUUGGAAGCAGUGCCGUGCAAAGUAUAAAAACCUCAAGUAUGAAUACAGAACGGUUAAAUAUGCCCACAACUCUGGGGAUGUCUCUAAAACCAUGAAGUUUUUCCAUGACCUGGAUGCCAUAUUGCGAUACGAACCCGUCACACAAUUAGCGGCAGAAGAGAACGGCAGGUGUUCUGCAACUGAGACGCAGCUGAACACGAGCCCCACAGCCGAGAGCACGCAAGCAAUCCUUGAAGAUGAGGGGGACUUUGCCAAUUCCACCCCGGCAGCCCUGGAAGCUACACAAAUAAAGAAGGAGACGAUUGACAUAGAUGAUGAUUCUCUAAGCACUACCUCAGAAGACAGAUCUUGCACACCAGUAGCAAAACGGAUGGUUGGGACAGGUAAUCACAUCCCCUUGGAAGAAGCACAAAAUCACUUUAAAGUUAUUACAGUUAACGAUACUGGAGCAGGAAAACACUGGAGUGACAAUGAGGUCAGAGCCCUGAUAAACAUAUGGUCAGAUGAAAAGAUACAACAAAUGCUUGAAGGGGCCACAAGAAAUAAAGAAAUAUUUGAGGAAAUUGCCAGAAGGUUAAUGAAACGUGGCAUAGACAGAGACUGGAAACAGUGCCGCACAAAGUACAAGAACCUAAAAUAUGAGUACCGUGCACUGCAGAAGGAAAAUGAGCAUCUUGGUAAUCCCAGGAGAAAAAUGAGAUUUUACGAUGAAGUUGACUGCAUCUUAAGAAGACAGCCUCUGGGUCCCUCAGGCUGGGGAUGUGAAAGUUCAAGUCUCCUAUCAG